UUGUCCCCUCCCCUCGCCCUUCUCUUUUCCUUCUCUCUUUCUUCAGAGAACAGAGUGUGUGUGAGAGAGAGGGAGAGGGAGAGGGACGGAUGGAGACGACGGUCUGCCGGUUGAUGUGUAUAAAAGGGAAAGCCUGUGGCCUUUGGAGCCAUACAAUGAUCAGAAACCGAUAGCGGGAAGAGAAGAGGAACAGGGCCGAGUGAGUGGAAGUUGGAGCUCAGUGGCACUUCAGUUCUUGAGUCACUUCUCUGACAUCUAGUAAUUGAUAGGUCCGGCGAAGAAGAAGAAACAGAGCAAGAAAGGGAUCGCCACAAUGCCGAUGGAGCAGGCCUUCAUGCACUGCGACAAAGACACCCUCAAGAUGGCCAUGCUCAAGCACGAGGAGACCUUCAGGCAGCAGGUUCACGAUCUCCAUCGCCUGUACAGAAUUCAGAAGCUUCUGAUGAGGGACCUCAAGAGGGAGAUCAAGAGCCAGCAGAGCGGCCUGUCCGCCUCCCCCAACGGCUCCCCGGGCGCCGAGUACGACCGCCGCAGGGCGAGCGCGCUCGACGCGUGCUCCUACGAGCAGCAGUGGCAGUACGGCACCACCCGCCGCGGCAGCCACGGGGACGGGGCGGCGACUCCUCGCGCGGCGCAGGCGCAGCUGAGCCCGGAGGCGACCGACGACGAGGAGGCGGAGCUGGAGCUCACGCUCGCCCUGGGCAGCGGCGGCAAGAAGCGGUACAGCGACGGGCACUGCUCCCCCGGGGAGAGCUUCUCGUCGUCGACGACGGAGUCUGACACGCUCACGGGCGGCCAGGACUGGCAGCAGGCGCAGGCGCAGCAGCAGCUGGUCGGCACUGGCGCAGGCGCGGGCUCGCCGUACCACAAGCGGAGGCCGGCAGGGUUCGGCGCGGAGCAGGCGGAGGACGGCGGGGUGCAGCAGCAGCCUUCUCCGCUGCUGUUCCACUGGCUCAGCCUACGGAUGGCGUGAAGCUAGCCAUGGAAGGAGAACGACCGGCGCAUGCAUGUACCGUCGCCGUCUGCCUCGUAGCCACUGGCAGGCAAUUUGACUCCCUGUUUGUUGAGGCGUAGUAGAAGUACUAGUAUGUUUCUGUGCUUCCAUCUUAGUCAUGGAUCAACCUAAUCCAAAAAAUAAUUAACUUGUCGUUGAGGGUGAUGUAGGGGCCACUUUCCACAGGUGGAGAGGGGUGAAAUGUAGGGGCUUUUCAGAUGAAGCUAAGCAUGAUUGGCUCUCAGUGCAAGUAGCUUAAUUUUGGUUU